GGACCAAAGAAAUUGUUUUUAUCAGAUGUAGUGCAUAAAGGACUGAACUUUGCCUCUCAUCUGCAAACUGCACUAGAGGUCUCGAGCAAACACACUAUGGAUUCCAUGCUGUUUUUUUCAAGCUUUUUAGUAGUUAUUUUGCUGGCUAUUUCACUCCAAGUUUUUUUCUUCUCACCAAUAUCCCCUGAGAUUCUUGAAAUUCCUUCUGCCGCUACAUUUACAUCAAAGAGCUAUUUGCAGAGGGUAAGUAAACUUGGAGAAGGGUUUCUGGAUAGACCAGAAGAUGUGGCAGUGGACAAAAUGGGAGUUUUAUAUACAGCAACUAGAGAUGGUUGGAUCAAAAGAUUGCACAAGAAUGGGACUUGGGAGAGUUGGAAGUAUAUUGGGAGUAAUUCUUUACUAGGACUUAUAGUAUCAGCUGCUGGUCAUGUCAUCGUAUGUGACGCUGAAGAGGGGUUGCUUAAGGUUAGUGAAGAUGGCGUAAGUGUUCUUGCUUCACACGUCAAUGGUGAAAAAAUAAGAUUUGCAGAUGAUGUGGUGGAAGCAUCAGAUGGGAGUCUAUACUUCAGUGUCCCAAGCACCAAAUUUGGACUCCACGAAUGGUACCUUGACGUGCUUGAGGCCAAGCCCCAUGGUCAGCUUCUCAAAUAUAAUCCUUCAUUGAACAAGACCUCUGUAAUUCUUCAUGACUUGGCCUUUGCAAAUGGCGUUGCUCUCUCUGCGGAUCAAGAUUACUUAAUUGUCUGUGAAACGUGGAAAUUUAGGUGCCUAAAGUAUUGGCUGAAGGAGGAAAUCAAAGGACAAACAGAGAUCUUCGUCGAUAAUCUUACUGGUUUACCCGACAACAUCAAGCUUGCUCCAGAUGGUUCGUUCUGGAUAGCUCUAGUAGAGUUUACAGCUCGUAGACUAAAUUUUGUACACUCGUCAAGAGCUUCAAAACAUUUGCUGGCAACUUUCCCCAAAUUGAUGAACUGGGUCCUUGGAGCAUACCACAAAGCUAUGGUAGUGAAUGUCGCAGCUGAUGGGAAGAUAAUCAAAGGCUUUGAUGAUCCAACUGGAAAGGUCAUGUCAUUUGUGACAUCUGUGCUGGAGUAUGAAGGUCAUCUAUAUUUGGGAAGUCUCAACUGUGACUUCAUAGGAAAGUUACCACUGACGACCUCAACUGUGUAGCCAUUGCUAACUUGCUCACAUUAUGGUCUAUAAAUUGUACGUCUUGAUUCCUAGAAUGUAUGUUUAGCAAAUUUGAGAAAUAUAAUAUCAUCAUAGCUGUAGGACAACCACAGGUCCUAAGAUUUUAACGA